GCACGCCGCGCCAGUGGAGUUGUAGAGCUGGUGCCUGUCGGUCGGACGAGGGGAGUCGCGUCAGUCUGUGUCGAGUCGCGUUGGGGUGCGUUGGUUAGUCCGUAGUCAGUGAGUCAGUCUCGUGAGUGCUGAGCCGGACUAGCCGACGAGUUCGCAGUGACUGUGUUGAGUGCUUCGUGCUGUGCAGUGCUGUGCUGCCGCCUCUGGAUUUCCCCCUCAGUGAAAAAAAGUGAUUUCGGACUUGUCGCCGUGUUUCGCGACGUGGAAAAACUUGCGUUUUCAAAAUUGUCUCGUUCGGCGUGACGAUUCUUGAAGCGACAUGGCCAUCCCGUUCCAACUGCCGCGGUGCGACGAGAACCCCGACGACAUCCAGGACCUGGAUCGCCUCCUCGGCGACCUGUUCGUCGUCCUUGCGCGCAUCCUGGCGCAGCGCGGCCAGGCGGCGUCCGUGGCCACCCUGAACGCCGGCCGGGGCGCCGUCACCAUCCGCAGGCCCUCCAGGCAGCUCCGCCUGCAGGUCCACGACACCGAGGUCGACCUGGAGGUGUCCUCCGAGGAGUCUUCCUCUUCCGACACUGACAGCUCCGCGCCGCCGUCGCCCACCUCGCCGACGGCGCCCAUGCCCAUCCCGGACCUGGUGUCCAACCUGCCCGUCCAGGCCGCCGCCGCCGACGCCCCGCAGGAGCAGGCCGAGAACGCCGAGGGCCAGCCGCCGCGCACCGUGGCGUCCGUGGCCGUGCGCUCCCGCACCAGGAAGCCGCGCUCCUCGCCCAGGAAGGCCCGCAGCCCCAAGGGGGCUCGCGGCAAGCGCGCGCUCACCGGCACCUCCCCUGCCAAAGAGCUGACGAGGACGCCGUCAACACGGGCACCCAAAGCCUCGCCCACAGUGUGCUGAGCACCACUUGAAGGGCAGUGUACAUAGCAGUCAUGUCGAUCGCUUUGAAAUGUUUAAUAUAAUUAUUAUAUUAGUAGAGUUAUUGUAUCUCGAAUAGGCUGGCGCCCUGAUUCUGUCUUCUGACGCAAUAUUUAUUUUUAAGUACUUCGUGGCCAAAAAAUUAUAGUUGUGUUAUUUUUGGAUCUCCUUUGAUAUAAAUGCCAUUUUUAAUCGAUCUUUUUUACGAAACCAAAGCCUAUUUUAAUAUUAAAUUUGAUGGAAAUUUGUCGAAGACCGGGGCCAGGGCGCCGACGAUAUGAAGCCGCCAUCUGGCUAUGGUGCUGUGAUAUGGGUCUGUGGUGAAGUGCCUCACCAGUAGAUCUCAAACGCCGGGAGAGGACUGGCCCAUACUUUCUGAAACAGCCUGGAGUUCGUGCACCGCCCACUUGCGCGUUGCAAAUGGACAGCGAGUGCGCGGAAGUUCCACGCGUUGCUCUACUUACAGUGUACAUGGGCCGCUCCUCUUCCCAACCCGUGCCGGGCCGCCACUGCCACGGCCUUGUGCUGCCAUUUUCAAAACGGCGACUCAAGCUUCCCUUGAGUCGCCGCCUUUUUAAAGUGGCGGCACAGGGCGCCAGUCCCGCGGCGGCCGGCGCGAGCAAAGCCAGCAAGCUGUGAUGUUAAGUUUCGAUUGAGAGCCGAUGAGAAACACGUUGUCCAAAUGAUCUCAUUCAAUAGUCAAGUCACUUCCCGCAGUGUGUGAUUCAACUCUCCAAAUGAUCUCUGAGUAACACGCAGUCAGCAAACUAUCUCUCUCUUGACAUAAAUGAAAGUUGGACGGAUCUGUGAUAAGCCGUUUUCCAUCGUUGUUCUCUUCCACCUCACACUCUUCUCUGCGACACGGCGUCUUCAUAUAAACUGUCGUUUCAUUCAAGUUUUUCUUUUCUUUUCCCCUUUUGGUUUUGCAUUAUCUCAGUUCGAGGGGCUUUCGCUGAAGUGCCCAAGACACCUUCAUCAAAGCUGUAUAUGUGAUCUCAAAUGUUUUUAAUUAAUUUUAAGUUUGUAAAUAGGUUUGUACAUUUUUGUAUCAUUGCAGACUUGAUCUUAGGCGAAAAUGACGAUCGGAAUAGAUACAAUGCAAUUCAACACAUAAGAUUUUAUAUAACUUUUACUAUGCCAAGGUUUAUAUUCCUUCAAAAGAAGUAUCGAAACUUGAAGACUGGAUAUGUGUUCUGGCGUAAAUUAUCGCGAUUACAAGUAGAAAUGCUGCCAAUUUUAGACCAAGCUUUAGAUCUCUUGUAAUCAGCUCAUUGUGCAUUAAAGUUGAUUCCUGUGAACUCUUUCAAGUUUGCCAUAUAUUUAUUUUGAAAUGAAAUUGACAACUUCAAUGACUUUGUCCAUGAAAGAUGUGUCAAUAUUUUCUAACACCUAGACAAAUUUUAGUUUGUAUCUUAUGUUUGUUUAUGCUUUCGUUUUCUUUAAUUUUAGCUCAUGUCAUUUUUUGUAUGGUUUUAGUCAAUCGAGGCAACAAUAUUUUGCGGCCUAACUUUUUUUUUCAUUUUAUUUUAUAUAGAGUCAGUGUGUGUUUACAGUUUUGUAUUGUACUAUAGACGUCUCAUCUUACCCGCUAUGUCUUUCAUUUUGUAUAAAGAACCACUGUUUGUAUGCAUGAAACUGAAAAAGCAAUUGGUUUUAAUAAAACACAAAUAUACUUAAA